AUGGCGCAGAGCAGCAGGUGCUAUACCGUGAAAGUCAGCUAUUUUGAUCCGCUAGCUGUGUUUGACACAGUGCGGCCAGAGUUCGAUGCCCGGCUGCCGCUGGGGACGCUGCAUUGGAAACGCCCCAAUGGGACGCUCAAGACAAUCACGCAGCUGCCGGUUGAGUUUGAGCCGUCUUUGGAGGCCGGAUCGGACGAUCUGCUGCAUGACAAGCCGUUUAUCUUCAUGAUCUUUGUCUCGUGUGCGAGUAUGCGGGAGUACCGGAACAAGGUGAGGCCGCUUAUACGACAAUGGCUGCCGGCCGAGGCCGACGAGGACCGGGGACUUGUGCUGCCCUCGGAAUACAUGAUCAUGCUGCAUUCCAACACGGAGAUCGUUGACUCGAACCUGUUUAAGACUGUAUCCGUGAUGGAAAAGCUCAACAAGGACUUCCCGUCGGUGCGCGUGACGGAGCUACGGUCCGUGUACCGCAACUCGCAGGAGAAGCAGGAUUUUUGGGCCGGUGCGGUAGCCUCGCUGAAGAACACGUUGCUCGAGAUUUUCCAGCGACGCCUCGAGAUAUUUCAGCAGGCCCUCGGGGAGGAGGACCUGCCGUUUCUUCGGGAAUUGGUGCUGCAAGAAAACUUGCUGAAGCUGUACCUCAGUUUUAAUGUGUACGAGGAGGCGGCUGCGCAGCUGGAUGUUAUCAAAGACAAUCUCAUGGCAGCGGGCGACAUGCAAAAUUUGCCCGCUGGUGAGUUGGAGGUGCCUUUUAUGCUGCCUCCAGAUAACAGCAGCUGCACGCUCUCCCGGCUGACGGCGGAGAAUGCGCUCACCAAGUACAAGUUGUACAAAUAUAUUUUUAAGCAGCAGCGUGAACUGCUCUCACACACUUCAUCAUCAACAUCAGCAUACCACAUGUAUCUUUCGAUUGUUAGAGACUUCUACUCCCAGAUUAAAUUGGCAUUUCAUCAGUCGCUAGAUCUUCUGCAGUUUGAAUACUAUUUCUUUGAAUAUGCCCUGCGGCACGAAUUGAUAGGGCAUGCUGCGUCUGCGAUCAGUAAGAAAAUCUACGCUGUACUAAAGCUUCAGCAGCGUGACUGCUGGCUUCGACUUGUGUAUUCGAAUACUGACUAUAGGGUAGCUUCGAUUAGCAUACCCAUUUCAGGAGUUAAAUAUAGUGAUCAUCUAUUAAAGGAUACAUUCAGCUCUGAGUCGGUAUUUUAUGGGAAUUUUCUGGAGAAGACAAGUCAUCUUCUUGAGAUCUUCAAAGAAUGCGGGGACAGUGAUAGAAAGGUUGUUGAGUGGCUCUCAAUCCAAAUCGCAUGUCUAUAUUUCCAGCAGGAGAGAUAUGCACUAGCUCUGAAGAAUUUACGCUUGCAUUAUGAAAACUUUUUGGACUCAAAGUGGGAUGUUAUAGGUUGCCGCUUACUGGAGCUUUUUAUAAAAUGUCUCCAUAAGUGUCCCGAGAUAGAAUAUCUAGAAACGGACGGCGAGGAGAUACCGGUAUCCAGCAUACUUUGUAACUCGUAUCUGAAUUUGUUAGUGUAUUCCUCGAGUUCUAAACAAUAUUGGUGGGGGGAAUUUCUAAAGUUGUCACAAAUUGAUGCCAGUAAUUUACUGUACCCAUUGGAGAAUCUGUUCACCGUUAACAUAUCGCGCGAACCGUACUUCUCAAAGGCGAAUACUUAUGCAUUAGAUGUGAGUUUGGAAAACGCUUUAGUACCUACUGACAUACAUAUCCACUCUGCGGAAUUACUGUUGAAGAGCUCGAACGAUGAUUUCCUUACCUUCUCAUGCAAGAAUCAAGUCAUAAAACAUGGAUCUAACACACUUACAUUAGAGACAACUAAUGUCAGAUUCACGACUUUUACUUUUGUCAGCUUUGCCGUUACUGUUGGCGAUACGGUCUUUAAGAGGAUUUACGAUUCCUCACAGGCCAACUCGUUACAUCUGAAAGAACUAUAUCAGGAGGACAACUUUCGGUAUUCCAUAAAACAAUCAAAGAUGGCAUUGUUCAGUGAAAAGAAACUGCAAAUUGAAUAUUUCAAUAACGAUUCCAUAGAGGAAUUCUCACUCGAACUCAAAGCUCUAUCAAUUGAGGAAGAACUGAAACCAAAUUUUGCUUUUGAUGCUGGGUUUUCUCUUUUUGAACUUUGCAUUGAUGAUUUUAAUCAGCGAGAGAUCAUAUACUAUACUAACGGUACUAUUGACCGGAUCAGGCUACACUCUCUGUUAACCUUCCGGAAGGGUGGCGUGAAUUAUACCCAAUGGAAACCUAUUGAAAUUAACAUACAACUACCAUUGGCAGUAUCGGUUGAAGAUAUUUUCAAAAGCAACGCUUUUUACUUUAAGUUUAUGGUUACUCCAUCCGCAGACAUGCCUAUUGCAUUACAUUCCUCUUCACUCAUAGUUAAGGAGCCCAGCGGGAAAUAUACGAUUUCUGAUGACUUCAGACCAACAUCGUGGAUCCCUUUGACCGCGGAUCCUGCCAAUCAGUACUUGAACUACUAUCAGGUAAAAGUUAGUGAGGGACAAAAGUUUGAUCCAGCUGAUCUAUUCGAACUUUACGUAGAGUACAACACCCUGAAGGAAGAAUUGGAUCAUUUCAUCUCGAUAAGCAUUUUCAAAAACAAUGAACUUCCUUCUAAUAGGUUGGAACAGUGGAGUUUGUUCUGGGGGCAUACCAUCUUGCCUCAGCUAGUAUACGACUAUGCAUAUUUUAAUCGCACCAGGGUAGUCAAAAUAUUAAAUGAAGUCCAAUUACUUUUGAAUGACCUCUCCUCGUCCAUUAGUGAUUCUGAGAUCUUGAACCGGUAUGGUAGCUAUCUCAAGUUAUUAGCUUCUGGCAUAGAGUUCUCUCCCGACAAACACGGCUCUAGUAUCCAACCCAAUACGUUAAUUGUCCCAGUGCAUCUUCCAUCCAUCAAACAGCUAUUCAGUGUUCGCUUGUCUGCCACAAGCCACGAAGUAUUACAUGUGGGGGAUGCGGUCACAAUUGAUGUAGAAGUGUGCAACUUGUCUACGCAGUGGGUGAUGGAAAGGGAACCAUUGACAUAUAUUGUCGAGUUCAGCAACAGCCCUGACUGGUCAAUUAACGGCAGGCGCCGUUCUGUAAUAGUAGGCGACCAUUUAGUAUUCUCGAUUCAGUUGAUCUCUUUGCGGCGCGGCUAUUUAAUAUAUCCAAAGGCAGAGAUCUAUAGCAACGAGAAGGACAAAGUGGUGGAAGUUGUGCACAUAUACCAGCGCGAUAAAAUAUUUGUUAUUUGA